UUCCGAUUUUUGAAACAGUGGAAAGAUAUAGAUCUCUCUAGUGCUUUUAGAGUUCUAGAUUGUUUUGUCAAAAGGUAUUGGGUCCCACAUCAUCCUCCAAUUCCCUACCGUACUACUUUUAAUACAUUUGGCUUUCUACAUUACUUUUCUGAGACACCCCAGUGGUUCACAGACUCCACACAUCAUCACCCACAAAAAUUCUCAAUUUCGAUUCACAGUAGUCAGUGGAAAUCCUUUCCAGACUAUCCAUUACCAUGAAGUCCUCCCAGAAGUCUCGAUUCUUCUCCUCUUCCAAUUCCUCAUAUACCAGUGUCACCUACACGAUCAUCAACAAUGAGGAUGACCAAAAUGCCCCUCCGUCACCGGUCAAAACCGUCGAGAUUCCCAUCGAGAUCCCCGUUCCGAUCGAUGUCCAUCGCCCGACCUCUCCCCGACCACCGGAAUCUGCAGCCGCCGUGAAGAUACAAUCGGCCUACCGAGCACACAUAGUCCGGACACUGAUUAAGAGGAUCAGAGCCGUCAAUUCGGAGGCGGACAGGUUGCAGAAGCUCAUCCAACGGCAGGACAUCGUUGAUGCCAUCCGGAGCGAUGAGCGGGAGAAGGUGCGGAUGAACGAGGCACUCAUGGCUUUGCUACUGCGGCUUGAUUCGGUUCCGGGGAUAAAUACGACGGUGCGUGAGCUGCGGAGAGCGGCGAGCCGUCGGGUUGUGGGGUUGCAGGAGAUCUUGGAUGCAGUGGCGGAAGCUAGAGUCCCCGAUGGUGAUGGGUUCCUCACCAACUGGGAGCAGAUGAUUGCAGAUAUGGAAGAAGAUGUGUGUCGGAGGAGGGGAGGGGAGGAAAUGGAGAGAUUUUGCGCGGAGAAGUUAGGAUUCAGGUGCUUUGAAAGGUUUCUUCGUGGGGUUUAAUUAUGUCUUCCCUCUGUUGGCCCUGGAUCUUUCAACUUCCAAGGUUUAGGGCGUGGCCGGACGGGACUCCCCGAUUCUCGUUGCAGAUAUCAGAAGGCGUUUUCUCGUGGAAGAAGAAAUACUGUACAAAUCUACAAUAUCCUCUCUCCCGUAAUGCUGUUACCAUCUACAAAUACGAAAUUACGAGUCCUCUCAAAUGAGGACUCCCUCUCUCUCUCUCUCUCUUCUUGGCUGUAGGUUGUAGUUGAGGUUGUAAAUUGUAAAAUAUUGAGAGUUUAUAAAUCCUAAAUUUUAUAA